AACAUCAAAGCAAAACUAGACAGACAGACAUGCAAACGGACAGCUGCAGCGAUAAAACAAACGAUUGAACUGUAAAUUGAAGUAGACGGCGAUCGCAAAAAUGUCGGAAGUAUCCCGCCGCUGUUUUGACGAUUCGCUGAAGACAAAUCGUAGAGCCGGCAAUAUUGGGGCCACGACCAAAAUACACGGCGCACCGCCCAGACGCCAGUAGGCGGAUAGCGCCCGCGCGCCCACCGCGCCUCGCCCCGGAUUCAAACCACUGGCUCAUUUACCAUCCAAAGCUAUAUUUAAACAGUGACAUUAAUAUCUGCAUGUCCAACAACAAAAAUACGAGCCACGCUCCAGGACUCCAGUGAUGUGAUUCUCUCCAGUGACAGUGCCGAGUGACCGCCACGUGUGCCCGCGACCGACGUCGUGUUACAGGAAGUAAAUAAAUCCGAACUGGAGCCUCCGCAAUGAAUCCGCCGUCGGCGAUACAGAACGCGAUGGGGAGGGAGCGCAAGCCCUUCACCUACACGCCGGGGGGGCUGGACCUCUCGGAGAUCAAGUCGGAGCGCAUGGCGGCGCGGCUCAUGCGCAAUGCCAUGAACCAGGGCGUCCCGGAGAAGCCCCCCGGCCCCGCGCAGCCCCCGUCCAACCCCUCCACUCCCAUCGCCGUCCCCAACUACUCAUCUCUACCGGUGCAAGUCUUCCCGGCCUUCUCACUGCCAGCCAACCCGAAGUCUCUCUUGAGGACGAGGAGUAUACCUGGCCAGUACAGGGAACCUCAACCAGAAAGGGCUCCGCAGAAACAGUUCAACAACUCACCGUUCGAAUCCACACAAGCACGUGGAAAUAGUGAAUCCGUCCCAUUCGGCGCACGCGUAAACAAUAACAAUGUUGAGAACCGACCAGCGUCUAUGUAUAGCACAAUGCCGACUUAUAGUAAACCUCCAGACACAAGUAAAGAAGUAUUUAGAGACUCUCCAGUUCUGACGCCCUGUUACGACGUUAAUUAUUUUCAAACGGCGUCAAAUGUGUUGCCUAGUGCGAUGGAAAGUGCACAAAAAUCUGAGUACAGUUAUCCGUACAAUACAGAUAAUCCGUAUGAAGUACAAAAUCCACCACUAAUUAAUAAUAACAUACAGAAUCAAAUUACAGCAUCAAAUUUAUUGCCGAGUGCGAUGGAAAAUACACAUAAAUCUGAGUACAGUUAUCCAUACAAUACAGAUAAUCCAUAUGAAGUACAAAAUCCACCACUAAUUAAUAAUAACACACAAAAUCAAAUUAGUAACGAUCAAAAAUAUGAAAUUAAACCAGAACUUGCAUUUAAUAAUAAUAAUAAUAAUGAUAAAACCGCUACUGAGAUUGAUAAACCAAUAGAAGGUGGCUUAUAUGGUUUUACAAAUCAUGGUUUUGAUAACAAUAUAGCAAAUCAAAAUAUUGUUUCUACAGGUACAACAGCUGAAACUUAUGAAAAACCAGCACCAACUAAUAAUUUAUUUGAGAGGACCGAAAGCUCUGAAAUCAAAACGUCUGAAAAACAAAAUAAUGAAUUUAAUCCGAUACUGAAUUCACAAUCAAUGGAAUAUGAAAAUAAAUAUGUACCAACUAAGGAAGAUAUUGACAAGUACAAUUUUUCUGAAGAAAUAGUGGCAGCCGUACCGGAUGUUGAAAUAAAGCCUCUAUCUUUAAGUUCUCAAUCUACACCAACAGAACAAUGUGAAGAGAAUGAACAGACAGAAUCAAAAGUAGUGAAGAAAACCAAGAAAGAAAACAAAACCGAAGAAACAAAUAAUACAUCUGAAAAUGGAGAAGAUGGAUCAGAAACUGCUCUUACUGUUAAACUACCAACUAAAAAAUCAGCAGCAAAGACUGAAACCAAAGUAGAAGUCGUAACAAAAACAUUACCCGAUGGGUCUAUAGAAGAAACUAAAAAAACAAUUACCAAAACCACUAUAGAUGGCAAAACUGAAAUAAAAACUAGAAUUGAAACGAGGACUAUUCCCAAAGAGGAACAAGAUGAGGAAGAGGAAGAGGAAGAAGAAGAGUAUGAGGAGGAAAGUGGAGUCGAUGUUGAAGAAGUUCAUGAAAAUGGGGAGGAAAUCGUUGAAGAGCCGUCUACUACAGUAGUUGUUAAACAAGCAUUGGAUGCUGUAGAAAAUGGGGAAACAUUAAUAAAACAACAUGAGUCUUCCGAGUCUACUACUACAAAAAAAGUUGUUGUUGUACAGCAAUCCGUAGAAGCUGAAAAUGAUGUAACUACAAAAGACGAAAUAGUUCAACAACAGGAAAUAGAAUCAAAGCAAGAUGAAGAAAUAAAGCAAGAGGAAGAAUUAACCGAAAAAGUUGAUGACAAGGAAACCGUUGAAGAUGAUGAGCAAGAAGAAGUUGUGGAAGAAGUGUCUGUGGUACAAAAAGAUGUUCAACUUAACAAUAAUAACACAGAUAAUGAAAAAUCCGAAAUCAUCAAAGAAGUUGAGACUAAACCAGAAACUGAAGUCCUUGAAAUCCAAGAUGAUGAGGAAUCUGAGUACACCGAAGAAGAAGUUGAAUCAGAAACAGAGGAAGCAGCGAAGCCUGAAGAACCUAAACCUGAAACUGCCAAGCCUGAGGAAAGUACACCGGAAGCUAAUAUUUCUGAAGAAGCAAAGGAGGAUGUAAAAGAAGAGACAACAGAAGAGUCAGUCACACCUCAAGAGGCUCCAAAAGAGGUACCUAUUGAAAUUAAAACAGAACCUGAAACUGAUUCUACACCGGCACCAGAACUUGAACCGGAACCUGUUGAAAUUAAACAAGACCCUGUGUCAGAGCCUGCACCGGCACCAGAACUUAAACCGGUCAGCGAAACUCCUAAAGACAAUGCUAGGGAAAUUCCUAUUCAUCUAGACAUUGUUGAAGAUAUUGAAAUAAAACCUAUAGGCCCUAUUAGCGAAUCCUUGUCUAAAACACACACAGAGAGCACUGAAAUUAUCACUAACAAAGAUGCAUCUGGAAUGCCACUAAGCACACAGACAGAACUACAUAGAGUAGAAAACAUAGUUGUUACAAAUCGUAUUACUAAAACUUUGGACAAUUCUUAUGAUCAAUUAAUUCAACAGGGUCUGCCAACCGCCAAAACUUACUUUGCGCCAUCAAGAGAAAGGCUUUCGCCGACUCCGCAACCAGCAAAGCCUUACACACCUUCUUAUAACCCGGAGCCAACCACUGAAAGGCGUCAUAGUCUCCUCUUAGAAAGACUUAGCAUGGAAAGACAAUUACCUCCUUCAGGGGCAUACCAAAACACUUACCAGACAUUUAACCAACAAAAUUAUGAAACACAAAGGGAAGUUUCACAAGAACCCCGAGUUGAGGUAGUUAACAUUGCUAAUGUGAAGCCGAGUCAAAUAACUAACCAACAGUGGUAUCAGCAAUCGAGGAAGGAGAACGAGAUUUAUAAUAACACUACAAAUUCUUCACAGUCUUGGAGUCAACCCCCUCAAGCUCAGUACCGGCCUCAAGCUACUGCGCAGCCUCAAUACCAGGCUCCAGCGCAGCCCCAAUAUCAAGUGCCAGCUCAGCCGCAGUGGCAGAACCCAGCUCCGCCAGCACAAGCCCCAUACCAGGCACAGCCUCAAUACCAGCCCCCACCACAGCAGUAUGCGCCCCCACCCCCAGCACAACCCCAGUACGCGCCCCAACCGCAGGCUCAACCCCAGUACACGCCGCAGCCGCAGUUCCAACCCAAACCCCAACAGUACCAGCCCCCGGCGCAGCCCCAGUACCAACCUCCAGUUGCACCCCAAUACCAGGCUCAGCAUCAACCGAAGCCGCAAACUCAGACUAAUUCAUACACUGACAGCUACAGCCAAAACUAUUCUAAAAACACAUCUAGCACCACAUACCAACAGAACAGCUACCCAAGCUACACUCCUAAACCAACGUCUUGGGGAUCCAACAACCAGCAGCAACUUGACUCAGUCCCAGCUAUUAAUACUCCUGCAAACCAGUACUCGUAUCAAAACACUGACUACCAGAGCCAAAACAGUUCUCAGCAGCAAUCCUCCUCAUACGUACCUCCUCCUUGGGAACAGGAUGCGAACUAUGCUGCCCCUCCUCAGAACAUAAGCACUACCUUCUACCAACCCGCCACUCAACCAUCUUCUGACACUCAAUCUACUAAACCAGCGUGGAAACUGACUCCAGCCGCUGGUAAAUUCUCCAAGCCACCUCCCAAGGCAUACGUCCCGCCUGCACCAAACCAGUCCUUCGUGAAACCCGUCAUCCCUGAAGCCCCGAAGGUCGCGGGACGCAAGACAUACUACAGCGAGUAUGAGCGGCGAUACAUUUCUGUCCCCGACUCCACUUACAUCCCAUCCGAAACGAAGUACCAGCCCCAGCCUGACCCGUCCCCUAAAUGUUACUACGACAACGAGGAAACGGCUGAAAAGUCUGAGCACACCUGGCGCAAGGAGCUUAGGGAGUUCACUGAGAAGACCACUCAGAGUGACUACCAGACUCAGCAGACGGUCAACCCUCCGUGGGAGGAGACCCCGACUUACGCCAAGACUCCGACCGUCACUUACACGCCGACUCCUUCAUGGAGUCAGACCUUGAGGCCGGAAUCUGGCAGAGAGAGGUCUUUUGAAUCCGACUACGUGUCUCAAGACUGGUCGAAGACCAACACAAUAGGCAGGAACAGGCCAGUGAGCUACAUCCAGAGCAGCACCGAGUCUCCCGUCCACGACAGAGCUAGGGGUGUCUCGGUGGACCGGUACAACGCCAACAGCUACCACUCCCCGAUCCCCUCGGAGCACUCUCCGGUGCCGGUCAAGACGCUGACCCCCGCGACUGCGCCGGUCAAGAACUACCACAACCCCAACGUGCCCGCGUACCACAGCCGUGCUUCUGCUGAACCUAGAGAGCAACCCACGCUGCAGCCGACAUACGGGUACCACGAGUCUCGAGCCAGCCCCGUGCAGUCUCGCUCCUUCAAGUACCUGCAGUGGAUCACCGGCACGGAGCACUGAGCUACCACCACCUCUCAUAGAUUCAUAAGUCUAAUUUAGGACCAUGGCAGGGCAAAUUGGUAAUAUCCUUUCAGUUCUCAUGGUGAAUUGAAAAAGAUAUUGAAAUUGCUGUGUCUUGCCAUGGUAAAAACGAAUUGGGAAAUUAAAUCGAAAAAAUAUGUAAUUUUAAUAACGUUAAGGUAUUUAUUUUUAGAAUGUACGAGUAAUGUAUGUACAUUAUCUGUUAGUUACUUAGUAUUCAUUCAUUGUUUAACCGUCCCAUAAAUAACUGCAACUUAUCCAUUUCUCUGUAAGCUUGAAAAGCUCGAUUUGGAGUUGUUUCUUAUGCUUUUUGGAACUGUAUGAUAACACGUGCCCUAUAUUUGUUGUGAUAUU